UCACCUCCUCAGCGCUGUGCGGUGACGCGCACGUCUGCCGCGGACGCGCUUCACAGGUCUCCAGUGCAAUGAAGGCGCGCACACUGAGAAAACUUCAGCUCUAUAAUCGCCUCAAUUCGUAGCGAAUUAUUAUAGAAAUGUUUUUUUCGUCGGGAGAUGUAUGGCGUUAAAGCAUAUUAAAGUUUGCUGAAUGCGUUGGAUACGGGUCAGAUGUUCUGUAAAUACUAUAAUUUUGUUGAUGGAGAGGAUUUCGAAUGACAGCUGGAACAGUGGUCAUCACAGGUGGAAUCCUAGCUGCCAUCAUCUUAUUGACUAUUGUUACGGUCUUGUGUUACUGUAGACUGCAGUAUUACUGCUGUAGAAGGGAGGAGUCGGAGGGAGGGGAGGAGGAGGCAGACGUCACCAGGGCACCUCCAACUCCACCACGUCGACCGAGCCCACCCGAGAGUCCGCUGAGUCUUCAUCCCUUCCCUGAAUACGCCUCCUCCAAUCAGCUUCUAAUGACUGCCGAGCCUUUCCACCGUAAUGGACCGCUCCGGUAUCCUCACUACAGACCCAGGCGCUCCUACUCUUUCUGCCCGUCCUGUUCUGGAUAUCUGCCGCUUUACGUGAGCCCUCAGGAGAGCCUCCGUAAUGGAGGCGGCAGGAUCUGCUACGGGACUCAAGAGGAGUUGAACCUGCCGAUGGACACGGCCAGCUUCAACAAGCUGGACCUGUUUCGCUCGGUUACCAUGCAGGAUGUUCUGUCCCAUCACAGCAUCAGCACCGAUGUGUAGCAUCUCUUAUUCCACUUGUCACACAUGCUGAUUUGUGUACCCAGUUACUGAUUUUAUUUAUUUUAUUCAGUUUUUUACAAAGGUGACCAAAUCUGUGAAAACCCAUUUUACUGUUUCUACAUAAAAAUCAUACUCAUUUCAUAGGUUAAAAUUAUAUAUUAAACUUUCAUGCUCCAAAUCUCAUCAUUAGACUUUAAUGAGACUUUAACUUUUCAGGUUAAAUUCUAUUUCAGGUUAGCCUAUUAAUGAGAUGAUUUAUGAAUUUUUUGUCCCAAAAUUUCAUAAU